AUGAAGUUUAUUGCGUUAAUAUCAGGGGGCAAGGAUUCGUUCUAUAAUUUAUAUCACUGUUUGUCUCAAGGCCAUGAGUUGGUAGCUUUGGGGAAUCUUUAUCCUAAAGAUGAGAGUCAAGCUGAAAUCGACUCUUUUAUGUUUCAAACUGUGGGACAUGAAAUAAUAUCUGCUUAUAGCCAAUGCUUGGAUGUGCCAUUGUAUAGAAAGGCAAUCACAGGACUGUCUCUAAAUCAAGAAUUAGAGUAUUCACGUACCGAGGACGACGAGAUUGAGGAUUUGUUUAGUUUGAUAUCAGAGGUCAAGAACUUGCAUCCUGAUAUUGAGGCUAUUAGUUGCGGUGCCAUUCUUUCCAAUUACCAAAGAACGCGGGUUGAGAAUGUGUGCGAUAGGCUCGGUUUGACUUCACUAGCGUAUUUGUGGCAAAGGGAUCAAAAUGAGUUGAUGCUGGAAAUGUGUGACAGCGGUCUUGACGCGAGGAUAGUCAAAGUGGCGGCAAUUGGUCUCAAUGCUAGUCAUUUGGGACAGCAAUUGAAUGAGAUUUAUCCCCAUUUGGUCAAGUUGAAUCUGAUGUAUGACGUUCACAUUUGUGGAGAAGGAGGUGAAUUUGAAACAAUUGUGUUGGACUGUCCCUUUUUCAAAGACAAGCGACUCAAGAUUGUUGACCAACAAAUAGUACGACAUUCUAGUGAAGUAUUUUAUUUAAAACUUCAAGUAGAAUUGGAAGAGAAGGACAAUAAAGGAGCUGACAUUAAUACAAAGAGGAACUUGGUUGCACCUCCCUUGUUGGAUCCAUUCUGGGUGGAUUUUGUUGAAUCUGAAUUUAAAACUGAAGCUGAAAAUGAAAAUGUGAACAAAGAAGGAGUAGGAAAGCUGCAGAACUUACAAGAAGUUUUGCCAGAACAGUAUACGCCUACUAGUAGCAUCAUCGUGACGUCGAAAAGGUUGUUUAUUUCCAACUUGACUUCAACUGCACACACCAUUGAAGAUCAGAUGACAAAUAUAUUCACCCAAUUGUUGGGAUAUUUGAAGAACCAUGAUCUUUCUUGGAGCCACAUUCAACACGUGAACUUAUUGCUAUCAGACCUUUCCUCAUUUGAGCUCGUGAAUAAAAUAUAUGGCUCGUAUUUCUCAGACAUGUACCUCCCACCGUCUAGAAUUUGUGUUGAAACUGGAAUAUCAACGGAUAUUCAGUUAUCAUGUGUUGUGCUAAAAGAUAAACUGCGAAAACUGGGGGUCCAUGUUAGGUCUAGGUCCUUUUGGGGUCCUCAGAACAUCGGUCCUUAUUCACAAAGCAUAACCGACACCGAGCCAUCUUCUUUCAAAUUGGCAAGUCUAUCGGGUCAAAUACCACUCAUUCCAGCAAGCAUGACCCUCUCAAGAAAUACAAUUGCAUUUAACUCGGCGUUGUCCUUGAAACAUUUGACAAACGUUGAACAAUUAGUUGGAGCCACCAAAUUUGCAUCGGUAAUUUGUUUUAUAACCAGUCAUGCAAGUCUUGGAUGUGUAAAGGAGUGUUGGCAACACUUGGCUGACCAUAGAAAUGGUGAGUUCGGACUGGUAACAAACCUCGUGAUUGCUGAAGUCAAUGCUCUUCCAAAAAUGGCAGAGAUUGAAUGGGGAGGGUUCUCUUUCCAAGAGACUUUUUCCGUGUAUCAAGAAGAAGAAGACGAAGAAGAAGAAGAAAAUGAGUUUGACAGAGGUUUUUCAAAACUGUCCAAACAAAAACAGUUUAAAAAUUCAAUAGCAGAAUUUGGGUUUGAGUUUUCCAGUUUCUGUUCCAUUGCUGAUGGUGCCUAUACAUUUGUUAUGAUGUUCACUUCUGACGUUGAAAAAAUAAACAAAUUUUUACAAGCAGGAUUCUCACCUUGCCAGUGUAUAACAACUCUGCCGAUUUGUUCUGGUUCGGCAGAGUUUAUUCCAGUUCGGAAAUUGUACAAUUAUGCUGGUGAGGAGUUCCAGUUUUGUAUAAUCUAUAGACAAGAACUUUAA